UUUGGUUAAUCAUAGAGAACCAACAUCUUUAUAGACUUUAAAAAGUCUUUUCUUUUGGUCUUAAAAAAAUGUGAUCUUGAUUAACAAGAACACACUCCUCUAUACUCUUCAUCCUUAAUCUUUCCCAUACAUAGACACAGCUACAAAAAAGCCAAAACAGAGUGCUCAGAUACACCUAUAUAGCAAAGAAAACAAGCUCUCCACUGUGUGUCUGUGUGAGAAAAAAUGGGAUUUACAACAUUGGGGUUCUUCUUCAUUUUAUUUCCAGAUGAUGAUUCCACCAUUAUCACCAAAACCAAGCAAAAAUCCAAUCUUUCUUCAUUUAAAUCCAUUAACACUUUACUCAAACCUUCAAAUUCCACUCAUCUUUUUCCUAAGGCACAAUUUAUAAUUUCCAUUUGUGUUCUUUUAAUCUUCAUUACACUUCUCCUCUUCACAAUAUCCACUUUUGAACCAUCAAACAUACAACUUUCUACUAAUUCAGUACCACACAAAUCAAAAUCAUCAUCAUUUCAACAACAUGCAUUGCAAAAAAUGGGAUUUUUAUACAGAAAAGGUACAAAAUCUAUGAAUGAUUUAAUUAUAGCUCAUGUAAGUGAAUCUGUCACGUUACAAGAACUCAAAUUGUUUACAAGACUCAUUUUAAGGUCCAAAAUCACUUCAAAAUCUGAUCUUUUAUUCAUAUUUCCAUCAAAGUCCAUUCCUUUUGACAACACCAUUAUUCAAGAAAACAACUCAUUCUUGAAAAUCCUUAGUAAAUACAAAAAAAACAACUCAACAUCCAUUUUUGACCCGACCCAUUUCUUGACCCGGCCCAAAAAUGCUAAUGAAAGUGAAGAACCAAUAUGGGGUCGAAAAAAAAUGAGCAAUUUCAGUGAAGAAAAUGAUAAUACUGAGUCAACUCGGUUGAGUUAUGGCUCGGUUAUCGGGUUUUAUGCUGAUGAACUUGACCCGGAAAAUUCAUUAAACGGGUUUAUGGAUCAUGUUCCAAUGAAUUUAAGAAGAUGGGCUUGUUAUACAAUGUUAUUGGGUCGGGUCAGAAGGAAUUUUAAGCAUGUAAUAUUAGUUGAUGUGAAGGAAAUAUUGUUACUAGGUGACCCACUGAGUCGAGUCAAGAAUCUGAGUCAAGACUCGGUUGUUAUAUCAACAGUAACUCAGUCGAACCAUCGUAGAAAAAACGUCGAAAAAAAUCAUAGUAAAAAACAAGCAAAUCCAGCGAUUAUUAUGGGGGGAUUAAGAGGGGUACGAAGAUUAUCGAAUGCAAUGUUGAUCGAAAUCGUUAGAGAAUCGAUGCAACGUAAGAAGAAGAACUCGGUUACUGAGUCGGUUUUGUUGAGUCAACUCGUUGGAAAUGAGUUUAUAUUGAAGAAUGUUGAGUUAAUUUCGGGCGAGUCAAUUGUUGAACUGAGUUCACUCACUGAGUUGGAUAAAAAAUCAGGUUCUUUAGUAAUGUCAUUAUUGAAAUAUUCAAUGGUUAGACGUGGAAAUAGUAAUGUGGAUAUUAGUUCUGUUUUUAAGAAGUAUUUGUGUUCAUUUCCUUUGGAAUCUACAGCUUAUAGUGAUUGUUAGUAGCUAAAUCAAGUAGGAAAAAAGGGUAAAUUAUAGGAUUAUGUUUAAUUUUCUGUUUAGGCAUUUUAUAGUAGUACUUUGUAGUAUUUGUUCAAAACAGAGUUUGUACAAUUGUGUCAUGUAAUUUUCAUGUUGAUGAGAUGAUUAUUCCAUCAUGAUUUUUAUGUAGCAAAGUAAUAUAUGAAAGAAUUGUUAGACAAA